AAAAUAUCCCGCUGCUGACGAGACUAACGCCAUCUCCAAAAAUUAAUUGGUAUUUAUUUAUUAACCUGACGCCAAAGUGACAAUCGAAAGGACAUAAAAUCCUGGUGAGCAUCAUAACUUGUAAUAGUAUCUUGGUGAAAUAGUUAACACUAUCUAGUGUGUGUUUAAUAAUGAUGUUUAUUUCAUGAAAAUCUAGACGUGAGUCAACCGUUUGGGAUUUCAACUACGCCAAGAUAGAUCUAGCUACUAAAGGAUUUAAUGUCAACGGUGUAAAAGUGUAUCCAAAGUUUAGUUUUUGAGUUUAGUGGGGGAGAUUUUAAUUACUCUAAAUUAGUCCACUCGAGACACUGCUCAUAUAGAAAAUAUAUAUAUACUAUUUAUGUAGAGCUUAAGGUAAUGAAAACACGGGGUAAAGUAAAAGAUGGCUUGUUGAAUAUGAUUAAGUCAAAGUGAAAGUCAAAGCUUGUGGCUCAAAACUACUUCAUUACUAUUCUUUUAAGUGAACAACUUUUACAUAACGGAGACUAAAUAGGUUCAUUAUACGUACUCAAUUUACUAAGAUUUUCAUUUACCAAAUUAUCUUACAAAGUAUUAUCGGGACUAACUCCGUGGAAGAAAGAGAGAAAUAUAAUGCAAAGCAGAACAUACUUCAGAAAACUUUGGCCCGUUUUUUACGACAACUUGUUACAAUGCUAGUCAAUGACUUAAUUUCUUUUAAUUCAUGGAUAAAAAAAAUUAAACAUGUUUUAAGAUUUUAUUAAAGAAACAGUUAUGAUUUUCAUUGCCAUGUUCUAUCCGUGUAACACUAAUGUCAUGAGCGAAUGAAAGACACGUGAAUGUGUAACUCGCUGAAGGAACACAAAAGUAGGUCAAGUGUGUAAGACAAAUGAAAGCUAUCUAUCCUUGCUGCUGUUAACGAGACGAAAGGGUUUCCAAAUACCUCAGUACAAAAAUGUUUGGCCAAGUGGCAUUACAUUUUCAUUCAAAUUUGUUGAUUCAAUUCUCCAGUCUUGAUGGUGUUAAAGCCGAACGGAGGUAUCACAGAGCAAUGCGGUUCUUUAUAAGUGGUUAGUGGAACAACAUAUAAUGAUUUGGAUGUGCUGUUUUCAUUCAGUUCUUUGUUUUUUGUAACUAGAGCCAUUCAUAAGUGACAAGGCACCAUGCCUGGGCCUAGACCCAGCUCCAGAGGUGGCGAAACACUUUUUAUGCGAGUGGGGCGUGUAUUCAAAGAGAGGAACUAUGCAGCGGAGUUUUUAGACAACCUUCGACGAAAGGAACCACCAGCGCUCUCUAUUAAAACGUUGGUAAGCAAAACAAGAUGUCAUAUCUAUCCCCAACAAAUAAUCAUUUAAUUUUUAGUUAACUUAUGGCCAAAAUAAAAUACUAGAUAAGUUCUAUAAUAAUAUUCGUCUGUGUGUAUAUAUAUAUAUUUAUGUAUAUAUAUAAUGCAUUGUUUAUACCUAUCACAUUCUAUGUAAAUAAAAUGAACUAUUGUCUUUAGCAAAUGUUUUGAAUAUAUUUGUUAUGGGCCAUCUUUAUAUCAACACAAUAUAUUGUUGUUUUGUUGUUUUUUUCUUUUUUUUUUUUUUUUUUUUUUUUUUUUUUUUUUUUUUUUUUUUUUUUUUUUUUUUUUUUUUUUUUUUUUUUUUUUUUUUUUUUUUUUUUUGUUGUUUUUUUCUUUUUUUUUUUUUUUUUUUUUUUUUUUUUUUUUUUUUUAAGGGAUUUUUUUUUUUUUUUUUUUUUUUUUUUUUUUUUUUUUUUUUACCACCCCCCUUUUAAAGGAUAUUUUCUUGGUUUAUUUUUUUUUUUUUUUUUUUUUUUUUUUUGUUUUUUUUUUUUUUUUUUUUUUUUUUUUUUUUUUUUUUUUUUUUUUUUUUUUUUUUUUUUUUUUUUUUUUUUUUUUUUUUUUUUGAAAGGAAUGUAGUUUUUCAUUGUAGUAUUUUCGAUGUCUACUUCUGUAACAGCCACUGCUGUAAGGAUACGUUCAUGGUACUAAUUUUUAUUUACAUUUUUAAGUAUCCUUGUUCAUUAUUAACGUGGGUAGCGAAAAUAAUUUGGCUCAUUUAUCGCCUAGGCAAACCUGGACAAAAAUACAAAUAUAAAGUAUCCUACUCUUGGCAACGAAGAAAUUCUUGAGGCACUGAAGCGCAAACGCAAUUGGUUUGAAAUAAUUAUAGAACUCCUGUCGAUUCCAGGAUCUGAGAAGGACUUGAUAGAUGAGCUGAUCGGAAUAAAAGGUUUUUUUUAUAAACAAAAUUGGUGAAAGUGUUUUGUGUUGUUGUUUUUUUUUUUUCCAAUCUCUAGUCAUGUUUUAUACAAAUACAUUUAAUGGGUUUUUUAUUUUUAUUUUGCCCAUUUUUAAAUUAUUUUUAAUUUAUUUUUAAAUUUUGCCAAUUUUUAUACAUUUUUGAGGGGAAAAGUACCUUAAAAUAAUAUCACGUACUUGUUGAAAGCCAUGUUUAGACAUGUGUCACAAAGCUAGAAUCAAAGCCGCUUUUAUAUACGGUAUAUUAAGAACGCGCUAAUAUUUGAUGUCAUGCAACUAGUUGGGGAGGUAGGGUCAGAUGAAUGGGACGAUGUGGGAUACAAAUAAAUAAGGCAGAGCUAAAUGUGUGAUUUUACGUUUCAAAUAUGAAUAAUAAACUUUCGAACCUGCUAAAUUAAUCACAACUGAUUUAACGUCAUGUGUAUUUCUUAAUGUGUUACAUCAAUAUUUAUAUAUUUUUUUUAAAGAUUAUAAUAUAAUUUUAAAAACUUUCAAUCUUAACGUACAGCCAAAAGGAAAAUCAAAUUUUAAAUUUUUCCACAAAUUUUAUUUUAUAAUCAGAAAAUGAAACGAUAUUUAUUUAUUUUUCACAUUUAAAAAUUAUUAUUUGCCAUACAAUGUAAACUGGAAUUUACAAUAGCUCUUCUAUAUAACUCAUCAGGGUAAAUUCAUUUCAUCACUAACACAUUAAAAUUUAUGUUAUUUUCUUUUUUUUCCCUUACUUAAUUAACAGAUGCGUUUGAUGCUGAUAACAAGGAAAAUGGGAAUGUAAGUAAUGUAAAAAAAAAUCAACAUAUUUCUUACUUCUUACAUUCUAUAAUCAGUUACGAAUACCAGUUUUUAAUGAUAAAUGAUCGAAACUAUUGUUCGCCUGUUCAUAUGACAAUUCUAAUUUGUAAUUGUGCUUUUAAUUCUCCUGUAUAAUUCUUAACUGUAAACGUCUUAAGUUUAAAAUAGUGUCAGCACAAAGAGUACCACAUUUAUUUAUAAGAAAACAAAUUGAAAACAUCAGUUCUUCUCCUCCACAGAAUCCACUGCCUUCAACGUCUUCUGCUGUUCCACCAGAAUCUUCCAACACAUUCCAGCAAGAAGGAUCAAGAAAGAGAAAAGAUCCACAGGGCCCCAAGCCUCCGAAGACGCCAAAGAAGAUAAAAGUUCACGCUUGCGACCAUUGUCUUUCUGUCGUUGAAGCUUUAGAUGUUCCCGUGCAACCCAAGGACCUGGGCCGCUGUAUAACAAUGUGGAGCUCAUUUAGGACAAAAGUCCUUAACCUUACAAAUUUGAAGAAACGGGAAAAGGAUUUUUGUAAAUCCCCCUGCACCACAGAGAGGUAAGAACAAUUAAAUAUUAUAUUUAGUUAUAAAGUAUGUUUGAAAUUAUAAAUAAUUAUUAGCAAUAUUUUUUUAAAGGUUACUCUUUCACAAUAUCUCACAUUUAAGCAAAUCUUUAUUAAUGGGAGUCAGACCUUCAAUAAAAUUAACGCAAAUUAUUUCCUUUAAAAAUAUAUUCUUCCAAUAUUAUUAUAACAUUUAUCAUAAAUAACUGUCCAAAAAAAAGUGAUAAUUUUUUUAAGAUUUUUAUUUCCAAAAGUAUCAAAAAGGUGACUUGAAAAGAAAAGUAAAUAACUGCAUACAUUCUCUGACGCGUUUAAGAUAACUUUUACUUUAAAAUUACGCCAUGGCCGACGAUCGAUCCACUUCAAAUAUACAACAUUUAACUAAUCAAGUAUGAUAUCACUGGUAUAUCAAUAUUGUUUACACACACACACACACACAGAUAUACGUUGAGAAGAUUAAUUCCCGUUUUUAUUUGAUAGAAAGUUUGGUUUCACAUGAAAACCCCAGCGCCAGUCAACUACCUAUUCAAUCUUAGUUAAGAAAUGCUCUAAACCUUUUGCAUGGCUUCAAGAACUUGUUUAGGUGAUAUUUGGCACGGAGAACUUGUUUUGGUGAUGUUUGGCACGGAGAACUUGUUUUGGUGAUGUUUGGCACGGAGAACUUGUUUUGGUGAUGUUUGGCACGGAGAACUUGUUUUGGUGAUGUUUGGCACGGAGAACUUGUUUUGGUGAUGUUUGGCACGGAGAACUUGUUUUGUUAUGUUUGGCACGGAGAACUUGUUUUGGUGAUGUUUGGCACGGAGCGUUUGUUUUGGUGAUGUUUGGCACGGAGAACUUGUUUUGGUGAUGUUUGGCACGGAGAACUUGUUUUGGUGAUGUUUGGCACGGAGAAUUGUUUUUGGUGAUGUUUGGCACGGAGAACUUGUUUUGGUGAUUUUGGCACGGAGCGUUUGUUUUGGUGAUUUUUGGCACGGAGCGUUUGUUUUGGUGAUUUUUGGCACGGAGAACUUGUUUUGGUGAUGUUUGGAACCGGGAGCUUGAGGUUGUUAAGCAGAUUCAUUUUCGCGUUAUUGCCAUUUUUAUUCUGUACUGUAUUGAGCUAAACGUUGUAGUGCCUUUGUCAUACUGUCAAUAAUUUUAAGGGGCUAUAACUUGGUAUUAUGUAUAUGCUACUCUCUCUCAAAGGUUUUCUCUCUUGGCAUACGUUCGCGGCACCUGACCUUAAUAAUUGGGGGUGUGUUGCUUGCUGUGUUAGGGAGAAUGUUAAAUAUAAAUGGCCCUUUAAGCCGAGGCGAGUAAUUCGGGACCCACUUUCAUUUAUAAUCACCUUAAGGUCCAACUUGGCUUAGGCAAGGAUGCAGUACCCAACAGUGAGGGUGCUCUGUUUCUGUCUGGAUUCUUAAAGUGGACGGUUGGUCGUCGUCAGCUGAGCUAUAAGGCGUUGGGGUCUCAGUUUAAAAGCCACUUUUACACCGAAUAUUAAUAUUACCAUUUCAGAAACACAAUAGAAAAUAUUACGCACCAAACGCACUUGCGAUAUUUUUUAACGAAUCUUAUUUAGCGCAGUUAUCGGGAAUUUUAUUUCGGGAAAUCAGUGUCAUCAUAUUUCAUUUAUAUUCACUUUUAAAAACAGGAAAAAAUAUUUUUGUGGGGUUGGGGGUUGAAAAUUUGAAUAAAUGUGGUGUCAUCGACAAAGCCUAUUUGCCAAGUUUCAGCUCGAUUUGUUGACGGGAAGUGGGUCCAUUAGACGUCCGAAGAUAGUGCCAGCCAGCUGCGAACAAUAGUGAAGUUAACAUGAAGGAUUUAAAAAUACUCCGUUUAGAAAAAAAAAUAAAUGGUGAAAGUGUUUUUUGUCUCUGUUUGUUUUGUUCUUCAAUAUUUAGAGAUUUAUUUUAAUGUUUGUAUUUCAUUUCAGAGCCAAAUACCGUCUGGCCUGCAAGGUUUAUGAAGACUGGUUGGCUACAUCACGAGGACUUACCAAGGCCCAAGCCACGCCGUGGUGUGUUAGAGAGGAAAUUGGAAAAAUGUUUGAUUGUUCAAAAACAAAAAAGAAAACUUACGGGAAAAAGACAUUUUAAAAAUUAAUUACACAUUUUUUGUUGUUAAAUCCUCUAAGUAGGUAAACCAAUUGUUUUCGUUACAAAUUCGCGUUUUUUGCUCAUCAAAAAGUAAGAAUAAUUUUCUAUUUUCGAAAUAGCUUACAUUUUCUCCACUAACCUCCAGGUCUUUCCUGUCCUUUUGUUAAAGCCUUUGUGUUGACUUUGGCUUUUGUUCACGGUGUGUGGUGUCGAGUCAUAACAGGCAACAUUUUGUUCUCGUUUUUGUUUGGAUGUUGAUUCUCAGUCCUUUGAUGCUGUGACGCAGGGUAAAAUAAUCUGGUAUGAAAUUCUUCUGGCAUUACAACCAUGUUAAUGAUUGGACUAGUGUUACGUUAAGUCGUCAGUCAGACAGACUUGCAGUCUUGACACUAUGGCAAACAUGGAUUUUACUUCAGUUAAGUUUAUGUCUCGCUCACAUUUAUAAAGAAUUUAGAGGUCCAAUUUUCAACAUACUACACUUUAUUUCUUGAACAUUUAUUAUUUAAAAUAUAGUUGGAUAAAGUAAAUCAUUCCAUUAUAUUGAAUAGGAUCUAUAUAUAGAUAGAUAUAUAUACAUCCCACUAAAUGCAUAAUUCAACAGAGAAAAGUCACACAGGACCUCUUUUUGGGAACCACAAAUUGACACGCUUGAUAUGUACUCACUUGCAUACAAGUGUUUCAUUUAUUUAUGUUUAAAUUAAAGCUUCAAUAAACAAUAUUUUCUCUUUUUUUUAAAAAAUCUAUGUGCGUC